AUGCAAGGGGAAGAAAACUUGAAAGGGGCCACUAAGUGUUUGGCCGCGUCCCCCAGUGAGGAGACAGUGGAUCCCUUAGCUCCACCUUCGCCUUCAAGCUCAACCACUUCGAAUCGGAUCCAUUCAGUCAGUGAAGCUGAGAGGUUUUACCGUUCGGAGUGUGCGCGCAUUGGAAUAAAUGUAAACAACGCGUUUGUAAAGCAAUUACGAGCCGGGUCGACAGUUUUCAACUUUGAUAACGGCUACUUGGGUGAACGCGGUAUCAUCCCUAUUCUCACAACACUACAGCGCCUUUCCGUUGCGAGUUUGUCCAUGAGAGGAUGUAAGUUGACUGCGGAAGAUAUCGCUCAAAUGUUGCAGUACCUUGGUUUUCACGAAACAUUGCAAAAGAUUGACCUACGUGACGUUCCAUUGAGUGUGAGCAGUGGACGUAAGCUCUUCGCCCUCGCAUUAAAAAACAAUUGCUUGACGGAAAUCCUAUUGGACAAGGACACACCCAAGUACCUGUCUAUACAACGGCAGUGCUUUUCCAAUGCGAACAUGAAGUUAGUGGCUUCCCGUUGUUUGGUUUGCAACAGGGCUGUCAUCUAUUCCCCUGACCAAAGGGUUGAAGGACAGAUUCUCCUGGCGCUUUCGAAGGCACUCAUGAAUCGUGGAGAGAGUUACUGCGAGGUUGCGCUGGGAGUUUUGUUUCGGACCUUGCUCGUAUGCUGUGAUACGAACAAUGGUGUGUUAUUCAUAUGCUCUUAUGAAUGCAAGAAUAAACUGAGCGAUGAUAUCGUGAUCAUGAUUGAGAGUGUGUUGAGCGAGCACCUCCACGGUGUUAAGGGCACUUGUCCUCGGAAUACAACGUUGCAGCGCUGUCUGGUAGACAAUGUCGCUAGACUGGAGAGAAAGCGCGUAAAUUCAGAAAAAUUGAACGCUGAGGGCAGUACGAAAGUGGUAAACCCGUUAUCGUCUGCCUCAUCGGGAGCCACACGGUGUUUCGACAGCUCGUCAGCUGACAGCAGUGACGCUGAGGAGAUGCAUAGGAAGAACCAUGACGAUGCGGAUGCGUGUAGCGUAUGUGGAAAUCACACUCUAUGUUUGUCCAAUGGUGCGUAUAGAUUCUUAUCUCAACUCCAUGAUGACGUAACGGUGGACUGUUAUCUGCGACCGUCGGCGCUUCUUCACUUGUCAAGAGUAAUGAUAAAACACCAAAGGUUCAAACCUUGCUCUCAACUGUGCGUGCAGCAUCUUGUACGAUUUGGGUUGUAUAGCUAUGGCGGUGUGCAGGUUACGAACAGUAUGACCGGCAUAAGUCUUUUAUCCUCGCUGGAUAUUCCGUUGACCCAGUUAUCAAAUGACGAUUUUUCUAUUAUCAACUUCGCUUCUGCCUACAUUGACGAUGCGGCUGGGGAAGACACCUGUUGUGCACUUACUGUUGCGAGCGCGAUGACGGAUAUCGAGGGUGUGGCUAUUGAUCCAUAUAUGAUCUAUGCGGUUGGUCGUUUCUUAGCUAAGAUACCUCCCACUUCUUUGGGAAUGGAGUUGCGGCAUGCGUGUGAAGUGGCGCUGAUGGUCGGUUGCCUUCCUGUGGAAUCGGCACCGUUUAACCGUCGAAAAGAAAGACCCACACGAGACUUUUAUUAUCUAUGGGAAAAGUGGUGUAAGGUAGCUGACAUGGAGACUUUGGUUCGAGCUGCAUUUUCGCGACGUCGUCAAGGGUUGUUUAUUGUCGAUGGCCCUCACUCGAACUUGUUUGACAACACACGGGCUGUUUUGUGGGCGUUUCGUAAAAUGCGGCGAUCAAUACUUAUCGUCAUGCGCUUUUGCGUAGAGUGGCUCGCACUGCCGAACGGUGUGAUACCAAAUGAAUCGCCCAUGGGUCGUUCAUUUCACACGACCCUUAAGGUCGUUGGGCAGACAAACAUACACAACACCAUCUAUGUUAUCUGCCAAAGCAACUUCGGGGAGAAUGUGGGGAAUCGUGGAUUCUUUUACGUGCCCCGCAGUGUUUUUAACCUCUAUGUAUCCAGUGACGCGUGUAUUUUUGUUGAUUCCAAUGUCUUUGCUUUGAGCAACGGUGAGAAGAUUUCACUGCACGCCUCGCGGUACCUUCCGAAGAAAGUUAUUGGCAUAGUGGAGAACUGUCAAGUGCUCCAUGAAGCUUUCAACUACAUGAGCGAUAUUUGCCUGUCAACCGACGGUGGGGGGCUUGAAGGCUCGAGAGUUUUCUCGGAAGCUAUUCGGUUUCCACCUGCGUUACUUUUCUUUGCAUACCGCACGGGUGAGUGCCAUAUUUCGCAAAGUCAAUGGAAACUUCUGCGAACGCUGCGACAGCUUUGUCUCACUGAAAGUACUCGCUCCCUUGUUCUCUUUUACCUGAGCGAGGUACUUGGUCCUAACGCAGUGGAAUGGGUUGCUCGGCUUCUACAUGAUUUGGUGAAUCUUCCACCCUAUCCAGCACGUCUACAGAUGGGCAGUGGGACGGCGACUCGUGAACAUGUCCGGGAACGCAGCGGUGAUAUUGAGUGGAAUCAAGUUAUGGGGUUACUCUCAGAGUCUACAACUAUGCUCACCUUGUCUUCGUCUCUUCCCGUAGAUCGUGUGGAAAAAAAACGUUUGACUAAGCGUGUGUCCAGGCCGGCGAACCGCAAGAAAGAUGCCCCUAUCAUAACACAAGAUCCAUUUCAUGAGGAUUUGUUGGGUAUGUGGUCCUUUAUGAGGAAAGAGGCGGAAUCGCAAAGGAAGUCUGGGGGACGUUCUAAACCCAACGGAGGUCGGUUGGUGCUUCCCUUGUCAGCACAAAUGGAAAAAGGGAUUACUGCACGGGCGUUAGCACAGGAACCUGAGGUUGUUCCGCCAUCACUCAUCGGUGAAACAUGGCAUUCCAUUUGUCUUUGCACAAAGGAUGGAAAUUUGACCGAAUAUGCUCUGUUUUUUAUCAAAGACCACGUGUGUUGUUUCAACGUGGAGAAUCGUUCCAUGAAUAUUCCCUUACAACCCAUGUCCAAGACGUUGGGGCUGAACAGUUUUCCUUUUAUGGGUGGAUUUGAUUGUGCCUUCAAUUCCCCAGUCAACCCACGAACUGCAUAUUUUUUUUGUGGUGAGGAGUGGUUGGAGUGGGAUAGCUACCGCCAGAGGUGUAGUGGUGGUUUAUUCAAAUUGAGGUGUCACAAACAGUUUCGAUCGCUACCAGAAAAGUUUCUUUCAGGAAUUAAUGCCGCUGUUCCGGUGGCAAACACGCCGCUCGUGUUUUUCUUCUGUCAGCUUGAAUACGUUGUGUUCAACAUCACGGAAAGGUGCCUUGUUGGAGGACCGAUGCGAGUUGGGGAUCAUGGGAAGGGUAACGCAGGUGAAACCAUAUUCGGACCGUCACUGUCGAAAGUGUUUCCUCACGGCCCAAUGGCGACGAUGCUGAUGUGGGAGAAAAGUGGUGAAACGGAAGAGAGCCAAGAGCAAGAGGAUAAUAAUAACAAUAAUUGGGCGAGCAUGGGGAGUAUUAGGUCUACAAGGGAAGAGAGUUUGGUGGGGACAACGGCAAAGAUCAGUGCAAACAACAAUAACGGUGACGGAAAGGGGAGCUCCAUUACACAUGAGAAGGAGAUGGUGGUGAUGCUUAUUGGUCGCUGUGGACGUGUUGCAACCGUAAAAAACUUCAUUUACUCCCCUGACGCGAAGUGCGAGGUUCGGUUUGAGACCAUUCCUUCUUCCGUUUUGUCGAGACUGCCGAUGGCGUUUCGACAAAAUACGAUGACAGCACUUGGCAGUAUAUGUAGAACGGUGCUGGAAACAGAGUGCAGUGUUCACGAUGUUAUUUUAUGUGAUGCUCAUCGAAGCGUUCACAGGGAGUGUACAGUUACAAGUACUCUUACUCAGAGUGCGGAGUGCGCAGAAAACCUUCUGUCAGUUGUGUUACCCCAUAACUUUACCACGGUCGCACCGCUCCUGUGUGAAAGUGCGGUGUUUGUACAAACUGAGGAGAGUUUGUUGGGAGAACCUUCCCAGACUAUCGAGGUUCGGUACGAUCCUAUGAAUCCCUGCGCCUUCGGCGCGCUCGUGAUUGUACUGAAUCUGUCGUGCAUAGAACCCCGAGUUCUUCAGGUCGCGCCCGUUGAAGUCCUUCUCGAGAGUAGUGAUGACGGGAUCGCGUAUGUAAGACACGCACAUUUCUUUAUUACAUCAUCAAUCACACCUGUUUGUUGGGGCGUAUCGCAUGUAGGGUGCGUUUGGCGUGUGCGCUUCGUCAGCAAACUGCCUGUUGGCACGGGCGUUGUGCGUCUUCUUCUGUACGAGGUAAUGCACGUUGUUGGAACUAUACCUGUCGAUCCCACCGUUGCACUACCGCCAUUGGAGUCUACGUUGGUGACAAUCGAUGCACCCUGUCUCCUUUCGCCAGCAAGGGAUAUAUUAAACUGUUUGACACCUGGUGCCGUUUUCACAACGUCGACAAGUGCAGGUUGGUUCGAGCGGCAUUGCAUACUUCCUCUUCUUCCAAAUGGGGAUUUCUGCCUGUUGUUCUGCGGCCCUCACUUUGUUGAAUUAGAUUGUUCCAAUGGUGUUGUGGUUGGCCAUCGUGCGGUACCGAUAGCAGCCCAUCCUGCAUUUGAUACACUGCCUGCACCAUUCCUGAGAGGGGUUAACGCGGCAUUUUAUCCCAACGUGAGGACCCCCAACAUCGUCGCGUUCAUUAGCGGAAGUCAUGUUAUUUUAUGGGACAUUGAGAAGGGGGCAUUCGCAUCUGGGGGUGGUGGUGUUCAAAGCGCUGCGACGAUGUUUAAAGAUUUGCCAUGGAAGAUGGAGGAAGUGGAGAAUAUUGUCCAGAUAUGGAGCCAACCGGAGGAGGUCUUUGUUAUCAAGUCCCCUCAUGUUCUUCGCUGGAACAUCGUAACAUCGGAACUUGUGGAGGGACCAAUGAGGUUGAGCAACUCAACCUAUUUCCGUCAUCCUGCCUUUGAGGGUAAAAAGAUUCUCUGCGCCGCUUCGUUCCCGAAAUAUCCAACCCGUUUUUAUACAUUUUGUGAGGACCUUGUGGCAGCGCUUGACGUGGAGACACAAGGGAUAACUAACCUAACGGAGGCUAAGCCUGUCUCUCAAUCAGAAGUAUUUUUCCCCGUUACGUGGUAUUUGAGAUGGGGAAUAAGGCGGCACGACUGUGUCAUCAAUCUUGACUUUAAAAAUUACCAAAAGCUGUUGGUUGGGGUGACUAUGCAGAGCUCAGAACCAUGCGACGAUAACUGGGUGGUGGAGUGCAGCGAUGAUGGUGUUCUAUGGCAAACGGUGGGAAGACAUCAUCAAAUAACUAGUCGGUGUCGGACAAUUUGGGGGAGUGAGAGGGUUGGACACCAUUCACGGAGGUUCUGGCGUUUCAGUUUGGAAUGUGAGGAGGUGGACAGUCGGCACGAAUAUCCCGUAUUGUAUUUCCAUAUGUUGCUUCUUACAGUUUCUUCGGUUUCUUCCAGAGUUUUGCCGGUAAGAGUUGCUUGCAGCGGUACAUUGAAUGGACCCAUGUCUUCGCUAUUCGUUGAUGAUAAGGUCACAGUUGCGUUCGAAAACCCCGUCGACGAGAGCGGGGCUACUAAGGUUGUCAGACAGCACCUCAUAGUAGACUAUGGGGAAAGGGAACCGUCUGACGUCAUGGAGUUUUCAUGUAUUUGUGUUGGAAAACCGCGACCUGUGAUGUGGAUCAUAUCCUGCAGUUCAAAUGGUGAACAGUGGGAGGUAUGCGGCACGUGGCACAGUCAUGACCACUAUUUCAGAGCUGCAUGGCAUCCCAGGGGACCCCGUCGAUUCUGGAGCGUAGAACUGGAGGCACGGGAACAAAGCACGAUAUACGAAAACUUAACUUUCUUCGAGUAUACGGGUCCGUCCGUUUAUUUGGAGGACUCUUUGUAUCUAAGCUGUUUAUUGGAUCCCUUCGUACUGUGUGAAGUGGGGUCCUCCGGUGAUACUGUGGCAAACGUGGUUGUGCCGGCAGAAGUUGGGUCGUCAAUAGUUCUUGACAGCAAGCAAGACGCCACGCAAGUUGUUGGUGUCUGCAUGAUAUGCCAUGAAAACAAAAGUCCCUACACUGCGUUCGUGGUUGAGUGUAGCUCCGAUGCGGUAGAGUGGCGAGGUGUUGGGGUAACGUUUAAUCUUCGGGGUAACUUAGCGCAGGCAGCAUGGGAUGUAAGCGAUUGUUGUCAGUAUUGGCGACUUCGGGUCACACAGCGUGUGGGAACUUCGCCGCUAAGAAUAUGUAGCAUACGAUUCGACACCCCAAAACCAACCCUUUACCACCAUGUGGACUCAAAGGGAGAUAUUGCAGCCGGCUCAAGUGGAAAGGACCUGAACCUGAGGGGAAAUUGUACCGAGGUAGUUGCUGUUGAGGCGGAGUUGCCGCCACUUUCUUCAUUUGUAGUUGAAAAGCGUUCUGUUGACGGUUCCUCGUGGCAAGCGGUUGCUACGCUGAGGAACGAUGACAGUGCAGAUUCUCGGAAGGUGCGCCAAGGGUGGAAACCACGAGGAAUGUCGUCGCACUGGCGGCUUCGACCCGUUCUUGCAGAAGAUAAUCUGGAGGAAACGUGUUUCAGUUCUAAAUCAGGGCCUUUUAUAAGUUGGAAAAAGGAGUGCGAUGUCCAAGCUGAAUGGUAUUCUUUUAUCGGUAAAGCAUUCGUUCGCUACGACUUCUCCAAGGCGCCCGAUGUGAAAAUGGCAGUAGAAAAAUUCGAUGAAGUGCGGUUGCCGAUAUUUUUGUCUGAUAACAAUGCAAAAACUGUUGUAUUGCGUUCGCGUGGGAUGGAAACGGAAGCCUCUGUUUCAUGGUUUUUUGACAGCGAUACAUCUCCACAUUUCAAGCAGGUGUUUGUCAACGGCCGUGUUGAAACCAAUCCCGACGCAGAGGCGGAAUUAGAAAAAUUAGCAGCAUUGGAGGUGACUUCCGCUUCUUCUCCACGAGCUCCCAAGAAAACCGGGAAGAAAAUCAGUAAGGCUUCAACUGCUCAACAGGAGGAGAUCGUUAAAGCUAUAGAGAUGGAAGAAGAGGUGUUGGUUAUAGUUGUUGAGACAAGUAACAAUGGAGUAGAUUACGUCCCCGUGGCGGAGAGACCCUUCUCGCCAAAAGGAAACUCAUUGUCCUUCUUUGUAGACACUCCAACAUCAUACUGGCGAGUGAGAUUCAAGGGGAUCCCCAAAGCGUCAUUUCUUGAGCUUUUUGAAGUGUUUUGGUCACUCGAGAAAGGCGCAAGGACAAAAUUAUCAUCCCUUUUACGGUGUCCACUCAGUGACAGCAUGUACGAGACGUGGAAAAAUGCUGCCUAUAGCCAUGAAGACGAAUUUUGUCAACAGUGCCGUGCAGGCUACGAUCAAGCAAGGAGCGUUGUUAGUGGCCUCCGUGAGCCUGAGGACAUUGAACACCAUGGGCGUAUCGCCCAAUACUUCAUGCGGUUUAAAUCAGAAUAUAUUGCGUUUCAGAGUAAAGUGUUUAGGAAUGCGUCCAAGGCAAAGAACCUUCCGGACAACAAGUACAUAUCCACGGAAAGGCGCUCCGGAAACGAUUUCAUGUAUUUACUGCAUGCGGUAGCAGAAAGGUACUCCUGUGGCGUGGAUAAGCUGAACAUGUUAAUUGCUAAUCCAAUGUUGGUGUCUCGUGAUUUUUCCAUCGAAAAGGAAAGCGUUUCGUGGUUUUAUCCAAAGAUUGUGGAGGGUGGUACGCUAGCAGAGAGCUUUUACGGAUUCCAUAAUGCUCGUGCUUUCGUAAUCAUUUUGUGGAGCAUGUCUCUGCACGUACAGAGAAACACGGACUUGCUGGUUACAAAAAAAAUCAAUGCAUUAAAUGAGCACGUUGCGUCGGUGAUGGUAUUAGUGGAAAUCAAGGAAAUCAACUGGCUGGCCAUUGAACACUUCCCUAGACUACCUCUACUCUAUCAUGUCGGGUUCUCCGGUCAACCGGUACUCAUUGCGUUUACACUCAAUACGUUAGUGUUCACGCCGAGGUACCGACUGACGUUUCCUGGGUGCUCUCCAUUACCCCUCAACCACCAAAUGCAGCUGUUUCCUGGCGUGAAUUUUAUCCGCCGCACCUCCCUCGCAACUUGCCCAUGUCCCAUUUUCGACAAACUGCUACUGCUGUACACCCUGCAGUUUUUGGAAAAUACGAAAACGGAAAUAAUUCUUUCUGCGCCAACGAUGGAUAGCCCUAAUGCAACCGUUCGGUUCACGUUACCAGGGAAUGAUAUCAACUUUGGCUUACGAGGUUUGGUGAUUGGAUAUAUGGUGUUUGAGAUUGAGCUUUGUAUGAAAGCUACGAAUGUUGAUCCAUCGGAAAUGGCAUUGCCAGUAACGGAGCAUAAGAGAAUAAACUUUGUAUCGUAUGACACGCAAUUUGAUAGUGGUGAGGGGACGGAACCCAUUAUUGAAUUGACGUUGGCCGGCAGCAUUGGUUACCCUGAUGAACAGAUUUUGAUCUCGGGAAUGUCACCCAGUGCGCGAUAUGAUAUCGGGGAUGUCUUUCCUGAUGCCUUUAUCAGUGAUUUAAGCAUUAACUUUAACGCCGUGCUAGGACACCAGCCACAGUCUUUCCUACAACCGACUGUUAACUUGAGUGGUACAUUGGUGGUGCCAGCCUGCGGUAGUUUUGUUUGUCGCCUUCAGCGUGUUGCACUAAACCGGAAUUUUGAGUCGCUAUCCAUGGAAGUGUCUGAAAUGCCGCUUGCAAGUCUUGUUACACUGAGCGACAAACUUGUUGGGUCAUUGCAAAAAGGUGUUGAUGUGAGCUGGAUGGAAGGUAUUCCUAUGUACUUCUCUCUUGAGCUCCAGUUGGAGUAUGUUGAGCGUCGGCUGACAGGACGGGGUACCUUCACGUUGGAUGGAAUCGAAGGGGACGUCUUAGUCACUUUAUCAACUCAAGGUUUUGGUGCUACGGGUAAUUUCAAUACAGUGCGCAUUGGUGCUGUUUGCUUGCAGGGAAAAGAUGAAAGACAUCAAGUCCUUGUAAAUGUGGCUUCCUUAGCUAACGGGCACUUGAGUGUGCGGUUGGAUGGCUACAGUUAUUUGUUCGCACCACGCCCGUAUCCAACGAGAGUGGAGAUAUCGCAGAGGGGCGUGGUGUGUAUCUCAACAGGGGUCUUUUAUGAUGUUUGCAUUGAGGAAGAUUCUAUUUUCCCGUCAAAAAAAUACGCCAACGUUCUUCUAUCGAAAGAUCUCUUUUCCAAAUGUCUUGAAGAGGAGUUGCGUGAGAUACCGUUGAUCACGGCACUCUUGGCGAAAGGCGUGGAGUUCUCUUUUGUGGUAGAUGAUGUGUUUGCACCCCAGUGCAUGCUAGAGCGGCAACUUGUGUUUAUUACCGUGAGGGGAGUGCUGAUGGGGUGUUACUUCGAUGUUACGGUUCCCGUAACACAACCUGAUAACACCGUGGAGGAGGCGAAGAAAAUAAGCAAGGAACUUCUACCGCGGGUUAUAGAGCAAUGUGACAUGCCGCUAUGGGCACUUUACCACAUGUUCGUUGGUUGCGUUGAAAGGUGCGGGUCUGCGGCUUCAGGUGGGGAGGGCGGUGAUGCUGAUGAUAACAACAGUGACGGCACGAAUUUGUCUGUGGAGGGAAGCGCUUCUCGUCCCCAGCGGGGUGACACAUCCAGAAGGCAGUGUGAUGGUGUGUUUCUUUCUCGGUGGAUCCAGCAAGAGCGCGGCGUAUUCGAGGAGGGGUUGUAG